AUGUCCAUCCCGAUAAGUCAAUUUGGAGCAGCUAAUAUUGUAUUAGCUACUGAUACAUCCCGACAAUCUCCCAGUUGCUUAGAAUCUGUCACUGUAAAUGAGAACUCAGAAGUACAUGUUGGCAGUUUAGGCUUAGGUACAGCCCUGGCUGUUGCUUAUGAUCUAUGCAAUGAUAAUGGAAUAUUAAAUCAAGUUAAUUCAUACAAUAAUGGUGCAUAUACAUCAACCACUCAUCAAUUAGCUAACAAUAUUCUUUCUCUGUCUUCAAUGAAAUCAUCGCCUGCUCAGUUGUCAAAUUAUUGUCGUAUAAUGUCAGAUCCACAACAGUAUCAGUAUACUGUAUAUUCUAAUCUUCCUAUUACAAAUGGUUUAUCAUGGAUUACUCAACAAUCUGAUGCUUAUCUAACACCUAUCCAAUCGUCCGUAUCUUUCUAUGAUUGUGAAUCUCCGACUAAAAUUCAUUCAACAAAUGACACUGAUAGUAAUAAUAUUAGUAAUCAUUUGAAUCAUUCUAAGUUAACUUCAUCUAAUCUUCCCGAUUUCGUAAAUGAUAAUAAAGUUAUUAACUAUGUGAUUGAUACUGCUGUUAGUCAGCCGAUGCUUGUGAUGAAUUCAAUCCCAGAAGUUCUGACGGAUGGUACCACUACUACUGCUACUAUUUCUUCAACCAAUCCAAAUGGACAGAUGAACACAACACAUAAUAUACAAAGUGGGGAUGUGUGUACCACUCAAGUGUCUGCAUUGAGUAAUUGUGAUGAUAAUAAUAACAACAAUAAUAGUAAUAAUGUGCUGAAAGAGGUUACGGAUACUAAUCAUAUCGGCGCAUCAUCCGUUGAUGAAUCUAUGUAUGAAUUAUCUGAAGAAGAAAUGCGUGAAAUUGAUGCGACGCUAACAACAAAUGCUGAUGUUAUGGCCAGUCGUCAAUGGAAAUAUUAUAUUGAGACAAAUGAAUGGACACGCGCCACAUGUGCAUUGAUGGCAUGUCUGUUCACUCGGGAUCAGAUGGCAAAUUCAACGGUAUUAGGUCGUGGUGGAUCUCGACGUGCACGUCUUCCAAGCAAUUUAGUAGCUUAUGUUGUUAGUACAAUUCGUCGACGAUUUAAUAAACCUGCAGCUGCUAUACGUGCACGUAUGGCACAAAAGUGCAAAGAUGAAAGACGUUUUGGUCGUGCCUUACAAAAUCCUAGUCUUCAUAAUUAUUAUUCUUCAGUAGAUGGUGCAUAUGAAAUCAAUGAUUGUCAUUCCCCUGUCGCCGCGAUUACACCAUGUCGAUCUGGUGGUGGGAUAAAAAGAAAAUCAAAGAAACGAUUAUUAACCUCUUCUGCUGGUCAUUCAAAUAUAAAGACUUCAUCUGAUUCUAUGAAUGGAAUCAAAGAACAAUCAAAUACUCCAACAAAUAAUAAUAAUUGUGGUACUGUGUAUCAAAUUCAUACCAUGAAUGGUGAUGAUGCCUAUUCCUCAUCCACAACAACAACAACAGCUGAUUCCAAUCAACUCCCAUCGAUGGUCCACCAAAGUUUCGAUGAAGAUAAUGAUCGUCGUAGUUUCAUUCCAUCCUCAUGUGUUUUAGAUGAUUCUUCAUCCUCAGGAGGAGGUGGGGGAGGACUAAGUCAUCAGUCCGAUGUGAAUUAUGCGGAUAAUUAUUAUCAUUCUAUAAAUAGUGAUGGUAGCGGCGAUCAGAUCAUCACGUUCUCAUCAACGUCAUCAAAGUUUGUGGUGAAUGAUGGAGUGGCCAGUACUACUGAUAAUAGUAGUCACAGUAAUAAUAAUGAUGAUAAUAAUAAUCGUAAUCUGGGUAAGUGUAUGAACCAUGGAUCCAUUGGAUCCUCCUCACCAGCAUGUAUCUUUUCUAAUAACAAUAGUGAUUAUUAUUAUGAAAUAUCUUGUGGAUAUCAAGGACAACAUCAACAAUAA